AACAAAAGUUUAACCACCUUCACACCACAGAAUCAAGCAAUCAAGUUACACAAAUUUUCAAACACCUCACCUGACACAGCGUCUCAAGUACGAUUGCGCGAAUUGGUAAAUAUAACUCUGCACGACCACGCAACUCGAAACACAAGUACGCAAACACGGUUGCGUGAAGCGUGGCUCGCAAUCGUGAAAUUUACGAGACUUGCUCGACCUGUAGAUUCUUGUCAUGAAGCGUUUUUGCGGAGUAUCAAUUCGUUGGCAACAGUGGUAACUGUUUCCUGUCUGUUUACAAUCGGUGGCAUGUAAACAAUUUGUACUAAAAUAAAGGGGCGAUAUUAAGGUGUGGUUGGUUUUUAAAAAUGUUAUAAAAAUGACCAAUUCGGACGUUGUUAAAUUGUAUUUUAGUACAUAUAAAGUGUGUGUUAUGUGAUUUUAUUGUGUAUGUGUUUUUUUGUUUGCUUUAUAAUCGGUUUAAAUGUCAGAAAGUUUAGGUUAUGCUCCAGUGAUCAUCCUAGCACUGCUAAAAGUCCCUUUUUUCUUGAAAUGAGCAAUUGGGCAGCUAGAAUGCAUCGGCGAGCUGCCACUUUCGGUAACGUUGUCACAUCUUGUGGUCACCCUACUGGACAUUUCCCAAGAAGACUCGAAAAAGUGAAGUUUGGUGUUUCUCUAGAAGAAGUCUGUAAAAACGAUAUUCCGGGACCACUUUUGGUACUCAUUCUAAAGUUAAACAAAGAGGCACCUUACAGAAAAGAUGUAUUCAGGGCUCCUGGUAACCAGGGUGCGAUGAAAAAACUUAUACAUUUUCUACAGACUGGAAGACUGGUUAAUAUGGACAAUUUUAGUGUAUACACAAUAGCAAGUGUUCUCAAAAAAUUUCUUAGAAAAGUACCAGGAGGUGUGUUCGGUAAAGACAUUGAAAAUAAGAUUUUCCAAAUUAUAGAUGUUAUGGAUUUUCAAGUACAACAAGAAGAGAUUCAUAAAAUCAUUAUUUCAUUGCCAGUAUAUACACAAAGACUAUUGGUACUGUUGUUUGGUACAUUCAGGGUAAUAGCUUCGAAUAGCGAAAAGGCAGCUACUGGUAUGACUAGCGAAGCUUUAGGAGUUAGUGUAGCACCAAGUUUUUUCCAUUCCUGCGUGAGUGAUGGGAAAACUGCCAGAAUGGAAGACGUCACAAAAUAUAAGGUUGCAUCCAGAGUGAUGAAACACCUGAUUGAAGAAUUUGCCAGUUCCAAUCUCUUCGGGAGAGAAAAUUACGAGUACUAUGCCAGGGUUACAGGACGUGUAUUGAGAAUUCAAGGAGAAUGGAUCUGUUCCUUCCAAUACCCACCACCUCCAACAAAUGGAUCUUUCCCUAACGAAUAUACGGCGCUAGAAAGAUAUUUGCUUGGGCAAAUGAAACUGGGUAAAAAGACGUGGCUACAAUGCGAAUACUAUGAUCACUGGAACAGUAAUUUCAAUUUGGAAGAUAUCCAUUUUAAUACCAUGUCCCAAAUGGACGAAUGUCAGUCGACGCCAACUUUGUUAGAAUCUGGACUGCAACCACAAGUUAGCCUGACAUCGUUGGGGAUUAUAGUUGGGCACGAGUUACUAGAGUCCUGUACACGACUUUCGGUGUCUUUAGAGCAAAACGGAUUGUUUCAGAAUAACGCUUCUCGUUCUUUGAGCGCAAGUCAGUCUUCUAGACUUAGUCAGAACUAUUCUGGAUUAAAAAUGACUUUAGACGAACUUAAGGCUGUCAAUAAGUAUGCAGAAAGUACAAGAAGUUUAAGCUAUUUGUUGCAAGUGCACGAAAGACAAACCGAAAGAAUGAAAACGAGAUCUCAAUGGUUUUUGGGCCCAUCCGGAGACUGCGCCAGUUGUCGCAAUUCUUUGGAUUUUCCAUUGAACGAGAUGGAUGUGUCCGCUUUAACUAAUGCAUUUUUACGAAAAUCUUCGUCGGGGACCAUAGUCGGUAUUGCCGGUUUAUCGAUAAGUGCAGAAUCUGUCCAAAAGAGACCAAGUGUCAAACGCGCAAAUUCCAGAGACAAAAGGCUUCUUCAUAGAACGACGAGUAGACGAAAUAAAGAAAAUAAUCCUCGUCCUAAUAACUAAAUAUAGUCUAAGAGCUAGCAACGUUUUCGAGAAAGCGUAAUACAGCUGAUUCUUUAAUAUAUUAUUCCCUAUGCUCCCUCGAACACCGUACCGGCCAUCUGGCUACUGAUACAGGUUGCGUGCAUUACUACGCAGCACACCCGUAGAGGUGUGCUGCAAAAUAUAUUGAAUUUAAAAUUAUUUUUUCUAUAACCGUGUUAAAAUUGCAAUUUUUAGCACUCUAGGAGCGUAAAAAAUGCUACUUUAAGGCACUAGUGCUUUAAAAUUUUUAAGGCACUGCAGUUAAAAGUGAAUUGUCAAAUUGGGAAACGUCAAAAUAUUUAUAUUUUCUUUAUUAACAUUAAUAUUAAUAGUACAACUUGCGCAAUUUGAUAAAGGUGGUUUAAAAGGUUUUUUAAAAUUUAAUUUAAACUGUAAUAUUGCAUUUUUAACACGUUUGUAGAAAAAAACUAUUAAAAUUUGUUAGAAUAUACAACAAUAAAAGUAGAUGUUAUUCUAUAGUUGUUAUGAUUUAUGUAUUGACAUAUAGGCAGUUUAGUUGUAAUGUCAAGAAAAAUAUAAAAAUGGAAUGUCAGUCAAGUUCAAGUAAAAGUUUUUGUAGGCAUUGUCCUGUAAUUGAGAAUGAAUAAAUUAUAAUUGUUGGUAUAUAAGACGUUCGUAGAAAAAAUAUUGUAUGAUAUACGUGUUAAAAAGCACACUUUUAAGGCACUCAUGUGAAUUGCAGAAUUCGCUUCGCUCAUUCUGCAAACUUUCACAUGCGUGCCUUAAAAUUGUACUUUUAACACUUACAUCAUAAAUAACUAUUAAGACGAAAUUUUUUUGUCGAUACUUUUAGAACAUUAUUAGAAAUAUGAAUUAUAAUUGCCGGUCAUUUCUGUGAUUGCUAAAUAUGCGCCAGACGCUAUUUUUUAUAAAUAAUAAUAGGAAAAUUAAAUCAUUUUAGUAUGUCUGUAAUUUUAAUAUUAUAUUAUUUACAAAUAAGUAAAUGCAAAAUAAAUUUGCCAUACAUUAAUUCGGUUGCAGUCACCAGCAAGAUCGAUUUAAUGUUGUAGGGUAUCCCAAUAAUAUGUUAGUUGUCACAGAGAUGUAGCGGUAGAGUAGACUGGCGGAAAAGAGACAGGAGUACAACUACGGUAUUUAAAGCAAUUUUUAUUUAUCUGAAACUAGUUGAUAAUGACCGAAUUAAAUAAAAUAUUAAUAAAUAAAAAUUAUUGCCCAAAUUUUCAACAAAAUAAUAAAAAAUACCGGGAUAAAUUAUUUUUGAGUUAUGAAAUCAUUGUUUUUUAUUUAAAUUAUUCAAAUCAAUUUUUUUAAUUAACUAAUUUAUUAAUUAAUGAUAAAAAAUUAAACUCUUUGAGGCUUUAAUAUCAUUAAUCUUUUGUAAAAACUCUUGAUUUUGUAAUUUUGUUACCCACUCUGUUAUUUUGUCAUAUACCUUAACAUCAUUACAGGAAUGUAAAAUUGGUUUCUUGUAUUUUGUGUAAUUUGUUUUCGAUCUUUUCCACACA